CUGCUUUUUUCAUGACUUUGAAAAUUGGAAUCAGUCAGUGUAUUGCAUGCUCAAACACACACUCUUUUAUCUUUCUUUUCUCUCUUUUUCUUCUCCAUUAACUCCAUUCUUUAUUGUUCAGCAAUAGAUAUUCACGAUAUAUAAUUUUCUUUUAUAUAUAUUUUAUCUUGCACAGGAUACUUUGCUCAGGAACUCCUCUCGCCUCAAUACAUUCACAUUUCAGACAACGAGGAAGGGGCCACAUACAAACAUCACACAGACAACAGCUUCGCAUUCAUACACAUAAAUAAUGGCUGACAGAUACUCAUUCUCUCUCACCACUUUCUCACCCUCAGGAAAGUUGGUUCAGAUUGAAUAUGCACUCAAUGCUGUCAACUCUGGCGUCACUUCCAUUGGUAUCAAAGCUACGAACGGAAUUGUGAUCGCGACAGAGAAAAAGGCCGUGUCGACACUGAUUGACGACUCGUCGUUGGAAAAGGUAGCAAUUAUUUGCUCUAACAUCGGGAUGGUUUACUCCGGUAUGGGCCCUGACUACCGUGUGCUCGUUAACAAGGCAAGGAAGGCUGCUCAGGCCUACAAACGCGUCUACAUGGAGGAACCACCUACUGCUAUCCUCGUCAAGGAGAUUGCUAGCGUCAUGCAGGAAUUUACACAGUCUGGUGGUGUGCGUCCAUUCGGAGUAUCAUUGCUGAUUGCAGGAUUUGAUGAGAGUGGUCCGAUGUUGUAUCAGGUGGAUCCCUCGGGCUCAUACUGGCCCUGGAAGGCAACAGCCAUUGGCAAGAACAUGGUCAAUGCAAAGACAUUCUUAGAGAAGCGAUAUAAUGAGGAUAUUGAGCUCGAAGAUGCAGUCCAUACAGCUAUUUUGACAUUGAAGGAAGGAUUUGAGGGCCAGAUGACGGAGAACACCAUCGAAAUCGGUGUCAUUACAGGCAUUGUUGCUACAAAAGAUGAUGGAUCUGUUGUUUUGCCCGAGUUUAGGAAAUUGUCUCCAAGUGAAGUGAAGGAUUAUUUGGCCAAUAUCGCUUAAAUAGCCAUGAUAAAAGAGAAAAUACAAAUAAAAUCCAAGGACAUCAGCUUUCAAUUAUAUCAACAUCAAAAAGGAGAUUCGAAUCCAAGUAGUUUUGACUUCUCAAGCCAUGGAAAUGUGAUAUGCUCCAACAAAUAAAG